GGUGGUUUUUAUUACGCUGCUAUUGCACGUCUAGUUUUUGUACAUCACGCAACAUUUUGUGUUAACUCCUUAGCUCAUUACCUUGGUGACAAACCAUUUGAUGAUCGUCACACACCACGCGAUCAUUUUAUUACAGCAAUCCUAAGUUUAGGUGAAGGUUAUCAUAAUUUUCAUCAUGAAUUUCCAAUGGAUUACAGAAAUGCAAUAAAAUUUUAUCAGUACGAUCCUACAAAAUGGUUGAUUAAAUUCCUUUCAUAUCUUGGAUUCGCUCGUCAUUUAAAGAAAUUUCCUGAUAACGAAAUAAAGAAAGGUCAAUUAAUAAUGAAACAAAAAAAAUUAGAUGAAGAAAAAAAGAAGUUGAAUUGGGGUGUUCCAUUAGAUCAAUUACCUAUUUAUACCUUUGAUGAAUUUUUAGAGAAUGCAGUUUCAAAUGAUUGGAUCUGUAUUGAGGGUGUAAUUCAUGAUGUUAGUGAUGUACAAAAACUAGAC